ACUUUCAGGGACGAGGGGCGGGCGGAGUCACGGGGGGACGGCUUCCGGGUUUCCCUUCCUGGGCUGGGACAGCGCGGCGAGAGUGGAAGAGAGAGAGAGAGAAAAAAAGGCUCCUGUUGGUGAACAAUAUUUCCGAGUUCCCCUGAGCAAGCUCGUAGGACAUCCAGUAAACAGUAGCGAUGUCUCAGUCUGGAGAAAAAGGAAAGUUCCCAGAUGCAACAGGUUAUGUCGGGUUUGCCAACCUGCCAAACCAAGUGCACAGAAAAUCUGUGAAAAAAGGAUUUGAAUUUACCCUCAUGGUUGCAGGGGAGUCUGGUUUGGGCAAAUCGACACUUAUAAACAGCCUGUUUCUCACUGAUCUCUACCCUGAACGCUACAUCCCCGGUGCCGCAGAGAAAAUUGAGAGGACGGUGCAGAUUGAGGCAUCAACUGUGGAGAUCGAGGAGAGAGGAGUGAAGCUUCGCCUCACCGUGGUCGACACCCCCGGAUACGGCGAUGCCAUCAACAGCCAGGACUGCUUCAAGACCAUCAUCCAGUACAUUGACAAUCAGUUUGAACGAUACCUCCAUGACGAGAGCGGGCUGAACCGAAGACACAUCGUGGACAACAGGGUGCACUGCUGCUUCUACUUCAUAUCUCCAUUUGGACAUGGUCUAAAGCCUCUGGAUGUGGAGUUCAUGAAGGCCAUCCACAGCAAAGUCAACAUAGUCCCAGUCAUUGCCAAGGCUGACACACUGACACUGAGGGAGAGGGAUCGCCUGAAGAGAAGGAUCCUGGAUGAAAUCGCUGAGCACGGGAUCAGAAUCUAUCAGCUACCCGACGCCGACUCUGACGAGGACGAGGAGUUCAAGGAGCAGACCAGAGUCCUGAAGGCGAGCAUUCCCUUUGCUGUGAUUGGCUCCAACCAGCUGAUUGAGGUGAAGGGGAAGAAGAUCCGUGGUCGUCUUUACCCCUGGGGAGUUGUUGAAGUGGAGAACCCCGAGCACAAUGACUUCCUCAAACUGCGCACCAUGCUUGUGACCCACAUGCAAGACCUACAGGAGGUAACUCAGGAUCUGCACUACGAGAACUUCCGUUCAGAGAGGCUGAAGAGAGCGGGCAGGGCUGUGGAUGAGGAGGUGGUGGAUAAGGACCAGAUCCUGCUGCAGAAAGAGGCCGAGCUGAGACGCAUGCAGGAGAUGAUCACUCAGAUGCAGGCACAGAUGAAGAUGCAUUCAGACGAGUAAAAGGGUCAAAAGGAGCAGAAAGAAACACACGCUCACACACUCACACACUCACACUCACACACUCACACACACACACACACACACACACACACGCACACAAACACACACACACACACACGCACACACACACACGUGGUCCUCCUCUGAAUCCAUCACUCCCUGCCUCCACCCUCCAGGAGUCCAGGAUCACACCAUCUUCAUCUGCUCUUCACAUCAUCAUUACCAUCAUCACCUUCCCUCCAAACAUCCAUCCAUCAGGUGUUCGGGAGCUCACCACAGUUUAUUAUCAUUAUUAUUAUUAUUAUUAUUAUUAUUCAACAAUUUGUCAAGACUUAGUUUUGUUUGUAGUAUUUUGUGAGACUGGACAAAAAUUAGUAUGAUCUCAAAAAUAGUUGAAUGCUUGAUAACUGAUAUGUAUCUAUGACUUAGUCUUUGAUGCACAGAGCUGCCAAUGACAACGGUACUGAGAGGUUUUGCCAUCACACUAUAAGUGUUAGUUGACACAAUCUCCUAUUUAAGUUGCUCUCAGGAUAAGAUUUUUUCAAGGAAAAAGUGGAAAACGAAAUGUUUAUGGUUUCAGACCUUCAGUGCCUUUUUGCCUCAGUCUCAUUGCGCAGUAACUUUAAAUAUUACCACAGUGAAAGUUCAGUUGAAAACGAGGACUGCUCAUGUUGCCGGUUUUCUGGGGAAAAACAGUACCUUUCAAUUGUGUUAAUUUAAAAUGUUAUUUUUUAGCGAGAAAUACAAACUUAAUUCUAAGCAUUUAUUUUUACUUUAUGUUUGUAAACUACUACAUGCAAGUAGUCAAACUAAUACCACUCAGUUAUAAAGAGAAACUAAAUUCUUUAGGAUCAUGUAAUAAUUAAAUUAAAGUGCCAUGUUGUCAGUAUUUUUUUUUUUUAUCAUAGAGAGCUGCAUGAUCCUAGUACAGGUUCAGAAAUAAUCAAUCAUCAUCAUACUGUUUUGUGUUUGUAAUCUCCCAUUUAAAAAUCCAGCACUGCAAUAUUUAACUGUUAUGUUUAAACUCCCUCCUGCCUUCUAACAUUUUCUUUUUUCAGCAGUGACGUCAAAACUGUGCUGUUGUUGAUUUGCCAUUGGCAUUAUUUUUGUUUCUCUGUCUUUUGUACUCAUUAAGACAUAAGCAUAAUUAUUAUUUCUUAAUCAUAAUGUCGGUAAAGAUUUGUUUUCAAAGUGUCUACAUUUUUUAUAUCUCUCUCUUAAAUUAAUAAAAAAGGGCUACAGAUACAGUCAGAAACUCA